AUGUAUAGGCAGGGCAAUGAUGAAAAAUUUGGUGUUCAUCAAUUCAGCAUCAGGUGUGUCAGCAUCACCACCUCCGAAAGGGAGAUCAUCGCCGCCAACUACUCACAUCCCUUCCGUCUCGCCAUCAGCGGCGACAAGUUCUACUGGACAGACUGGCGAACACUGGAUAUCGAAUUUAUAGACACAGCGACUCAAGUGAAAGGCCGGCUUCCGAUAGCCGCGGCCACAAGGAGGCUGUACGGAGUCGCCGUGGCCCCUGAGGAGUGUCCCACACACACCAACGUGUGCCAAUACAGGAACGGCAACUGUGGCCCAGGACAACUCUGCUUACCCGACGGCAGGGGCGGCAGGACUUGCCUCGACGGAGACAAAAAUACUAAUUAAGUAUUGCCAGUCAUUGGAACCUACCAAAGAGUAGUUUUAGUAAA